GCCGGAGCGACGAGAAAGCGCAAGGCACGACGGGAUUCGGAGGCUGCGCGGUCAAAGCAACAUGGACCGAGAGUGUAAAAAGGAACUACGUUUCCCGGCACACUUCGCGCGAGUAUCGGAGGGUUUCCCCCCCUCCUCGCUCGUCACGUGAAAACGAAAUUUGGUGGCUGGUUUACACCCUGCUGGUUCCCCAGGCUGCUGUAGAAGCGCCGCCAUUGUGAAGAGCAGCGUGAGGAACACACUCCGACCGGUAAGAGAGAUCUAUUUUUGAAUCCCCUGCCGCUAUAUUAACGGCGCAUGCGCAGACGCUAUCUCCAGACCCGCAUUCUAACCCGCCUCCCCCUCGCGCGUGCCUGUCUGCACCGACCGUUACUGGCGUCACGUUCCUUCCACCGCACAGCGUUAGCCGCACGUGCCUCAGAGAAUCAAGGGGCGCCCUGCCCCACCUUGAAUAUAACCACGCCCUUUCCUGUGGAGUGGACACGCCCACCAGGUUGUGGCAAAGCUCCGCGAGCGCAAAGCAUCUUGGGAUUCCGUUAUUUCGGUUAGCCCUGUAGCAAGGCAUCAUGGGAGCGCCUUUAAAUGGCUGCCUGUGAGCGCAAAGGCUGCUGGGAUUCCCAAACCUUGGCAGGCAGAGCUAAGCGCUAGUCGGGUCAAGGCAAACUUCCUUUAUCCUGAAGUGGCCUUAAGGAUCACGGGAGAGCGACCUGCUGUCCUUUUUAUAUCAUGAGCCUUUAGGACAAAAAGGGGCAGUUGCAGAUUUAUCACUAACACAUUAGCAACCUCAAAAUCAAAAACACACAUAACACUUUUAAGGAUGGUAGAACUGAAUCCUACACAACCAUCAGGUUAAGGUUACCAGAUUUUUUUUCAAUGAAUCCAGGGACACUUUUCAACUUCCUACUAAAUAGAUGGAAUUUGUCAGGGGACUGAUUUGUAAAUGCAGGGACUGUCCCCCGGAAACAGGGACAUCUGGUAACCUUACAUCAGGUAUUACUUUGAACAGACACACUGUGUUCUAGAUUUAUGCACAACUUCCAAGAGUUAUCCAGUGUAAAGACCACCACUAUCUGAUGGAAACACUUUGCUUAAUUAAGGUGUUGGAAACCUAAAGAGCAUCUGCAGAGACCCCUCUGAUAAAGACCUUACCUGAUAAGAAACAGGAAGGAGCUUUGUAUGUGGGACUCAGCCUUACGUCUCAAAAUGAGCAGCUGGAAAAGCGCCUGAAGACAACAGGUGCAAUAUCUAAUGCAGUGGCUUUUCAAAGGAAUUUAUGCAUGCAUGCACCACCCCUUUUCCCCGGCAGAGACUUGAGGCGGCUUACAGACAAAAUAGGAACAAAUAGAAUUAAACAGUAUGCAAAGGGCCCACUUAAUAAAAAGAUCACGUGAGACCAGCUUCCUUGCUCAUAUCAAUUGCCCCCUAAAGUGCACAGCUUCAGAGGAUCAUCGGCCAUGCUCAGUCAUAUACAGGGUAAUGGGAAGGCUCUUCAGGCCUGGUCAGUGUUCUGCCUGAACCAAGUAUAAACCCUAAGAUGCUCUCAAAUCCUUUUCAACGACCCACUUCCAUCAGUAUACUAGCUCCACUUUGCAUUGGGCUGAAGGCUCCAGAACAAUCCUUUAAAAAUAGACAGCUUUUUCACAGGUUAGUGUGAUUCAGGAGCUCCCUUGCACUAACAGGGCAGGAUUAGCGCUACAGAGGAGAGUCUCAGUUUAACCCCCUUUAUGUUUUACCUCACAGAUGGAUCAGACAACUGGCCAGCAAUCGCCAACAAUUAUUCCAUCCAGCCCAUCCACGUGCUGCUCCUUCUUGGCUGGGAGCAGGGGUUGGAGCCACACCAUGCCCUCCAGCAGGCAGCGGCACACAGCACGCAGAAUGCCAUGGAUAAGGCAAAGCCAGGGCUUGGUGAACUUCAGUAAAAUACAGCAGUCCCGGUAAGCAUGUGCACAAUGAGGCUUUUUGCUUGGGUGAAGAGGAAAGGAUACAUUUUGAGGAUGGGCUGAGGGAGAGAAAAGUGGAUUUUGAUAGCGCCCACCUCUCUGGCAUUUAUUCACAGGCAAAAAGGUGACCGACCUGCUGGAAGCUUUAAAAAACAUGCCAGAGAAGGAAAAUGCAGUCAUUUUGUUGGGCUUUUUAUUUUGCAGCUUAGUUCUGAAGGAAAGAGGCAAAAGGGCAGACAGUGGGCUACAGUCAUAAACUUUCAGGGAACUUAAUUGAUUACAGGACUUUAUAUAUUCUGAAGGCACUUUACAAUACAGUUCACACACAAUUUAGGUAAAAUAACUGUAACAAGACAGUGAAACUCAGCAGUGUAAAACAUUUUAAAUGUAUUUACUUCCCAGCAAAAUAACAAAGUAGGCACUAGGCAAGCCUCUCUGGGGGAGGUAUUUCACUCCUGCUGUCUCAUACCUUGUCUCAGAUGGCAGGUACACUUGUAGAAGAUUAUUGGCUAAAUAUCUUAAGGUAUAAAUAGAAGUACGCAGUCCUUCAAGCAUUCUGGUUCUGUAAAGGGCCUUAAAGCUGUAGCUAGGUGAUCUUGCGCCCCUGGCAGAACCGUCCAGAUUGCGCCCCCUAGCCAUGGACAAAUUAGCUCCUCUUUCCGCCUCUCCUCCAACCCCGCCCCCAACCAAUUCAAUUCACACUCCUAUUUAAAACCUUUUAUUUAUAGACCUAUUUAUGUACAUAUUUUUAGCCAAUUUUGCUCCCCCUCCUUGCCUGCGCCCCUGGCUGGGCCCCACCUCACCACUCCCUAGCUAUGGCCCUGGGUGGGUGUGGGUGGGGAGAAGAGAAAAAACCUAAUUCAGUGCUGUGGGGAAGGAAGGAGGGGUCCUGCAAAUCCAUGGACUUUGGGGUCUGCAAAGAGGAAGAAGCACAGCUUUUAUAAUUAUGGUAAAAGAGUAGGCCAGUGGGAGAAGAGCAACUAGCGUGGGGGGAUCUUUGGGUCUCAAGUACAACUGUAGCUUUUUGUUUUAGGUGCCGGUCAACAUCCUUCGCUUUCAAACGCCAUCUGGAGCAUAGAGAUCAGUAAGUGUGACAUAAGAUGAGGAGUUAUGGCUGGUGCAUGAAGCGAUUGGGGCUAGAAACUUCCAUAUUCAUAUUCCACUUUCUUCUUCCAUAUACAGGUUACAAUUGCAUCAUGUUUUUUUCUUAAAAGCUUUGGGGUUGUUGUUUUUUUUUUUGCUGAUUAAAUAUAUUCCAUUGUAGUUUUCUGAGAACAAUGAAUAAACUAUUGAACAUGCAAUUUUCAUUUAAGUAAGUGUGUGCUUUUUGUAUCCGACACUAAAAAUGCCAAAUGAACUUUUAAUGUGCUACAGUGCAUGAUGGGCCAUGCUGAAGGGCAGAGUGGGGAAAGCGAGCUUGGCAUGAAUUGGUACAGGACAGGAUUGGUGUCACUGGACCCUGGACUCCUUGCCAUUGCUCUCUGUGCCCCAACAGGGAACCCAGUUCCAAACACUUCCUCUCAGAGGACAAGAUGGCUGCCCGCUUCAACUCUCUUAGCCUGGACAAUGACCAUGUCUACAGCUCCAAUGGUUUCCCUCUCUACGAUGAAGAUCCCAAGUGGCAGGAGGCAUAUGCACGCUUGAAAGAACUGCAGCAGAGGUACUGGGGACCACUGCUUUGUGAGGGGGGGCAGUCAGAGAAGCAGAAUAACAAGGCUUCAUUGUGUGAGAUUUUCUCUCUCUUAGGCUGUCCCAAGAUGGAGCAAGUGAAGAAGCUAGUUCAGAUGAGGAUGAGCACAACAGUGUGCUUGUGGAUGGGGAAUUCAUUAUGGCAGAUUGCCCCAUACUGGCACAUCCUUCCUUCCUACAAGAGCCCGUUGGAGGAGUCAGCCUUGUGCCUGAAGAGGUAUUUCUUUCUCUGUAAGUAUAGCACAAGACUUGGGAAGAAAAGAGGAACACUGGAAAGCAAAAUCAUUUGCAUCAGUAACUAGCAUCCUCCCUCAUUCUUACAGGAAUCCUUGUACAGAAGUGGUCCUUUGGAGCCCUCCUAGUAACUCAGGCUUUCACAGUAUCCGGACAUUGAUGGCUAUCCCAUCUGCCCUCAGCUCUCCUGCACAGCCUCAGCAAGAAGCAGCAACAAUACAAGAGGAAAUGGAAAUAUGAGCUUUCACCCAUCUUGGUCUAAAGCCAAAACUCUCUUUUUCCGGUUGGCCUGUCAGACUUUCAACAAAUGACAUCAUUAUCCAGCAUCAACACAUUUGAUUGCAAUUUUUUUUACAGCAACAUAGGAACACCCAUCAUUUUUCAACCAACUGCAAUGAUCUGAUCCUCUCCCCUCUACUAGAUGUAAAAAUGUGUGAGUGGUCAUUUCUGGUGUGUGUGCAUAUUACUAUUUUCUUUUCCAAUAGGAAAGAUGCCAGUACUUAGGAAAAAGUGCAACUGUGGUGUCUCAAGGUGCUAUGACUUAGAAUGUUAAUAUUGCUAUUUAGAAGCAAUUUCAAAAUGAGCUUUCUGAACUUCUCCUUUUUAUUUUAUCAGAGAGCUGAUACCCCACCCUACAAAAAAAAAAUGUUUGUGUGAAGAUCAACUAUCAUUUUCUCUUUCCUUGCGGGAGCAGCAUCUUGACCUUUUACUUCCAGAGAGCUGAAAACAAGAUGUUACUCCAGAGGGUACCAACAGAUGGAAAUAUGACAAAAAAAAUCCCUCUUGGCACCAAAGGAUGGGUAGCCACGCUUUGGAGAAAUAAAAGAAUAAGAGGUGGUUUCAUAUCUA